UCUCUCUAUAUAUACGUCCACUGUCACACUCUCUCUAUAUAUAUCUAAACAUCUAUAUGCAUAAAUUCGAACUGUCCCGAAGACUCUCCCUCUCUCUCUGAAAAUUCAGUGUCUUAAGAGUUUUGAAUUGCUCAACGAUAAGGUGAUUUCAAUUGUCGAUUCAGUUGCAGAAAAAUUUCAAGAAAAAUCUGAGUGAAUUUCGAGAAAGUCGUUUCAAAUGGCUUCGUCGAAGGUGAUGGCGUCAACAUCACCACCCAAUCCGGAUCUGCCGCGUCAAACUUCGCCUACUUCUUCUUCUUUACAUUCAAUUGCUGAUCAGACUCGGAAUUUUGGGUCUAUGAGCAUGGAGGAAAUUUUGAAGAACAUUUAUUGUGAUCCUGAUUCGUUUGUUGUGGAGAAUAACGGCGUCGGAGGUGGGGAUGCUGUUGCGGACGGUGGUAAUGCUGGUGGAGGAAUGAGAAAUGGGAGUGGGGAUGGGAAUAAGACGGUGGAUGAGGUGUGGAGGGAGAUUGUUAUUGGAGAUGGAAAUGGGGGUCAGGAGCCGGAGAUGACUUUGGAGGAUUUCCUGACGAAGGCUGGGGCGGUGGGUGAGGAGCAUGUAAGGGUGCCGGUGGCGACAAUCGGACCUCUUCCUCCUGUUCUGCCUGCCACAGCGGCGUUUGGUGUGGAUGAGUCGAUGAAUUCCAUGGUGGGAGUGGAGGCUGCAGGGCAGUUUUCUCCUUCCGUGUGUAUAAGGAAUGGAUCAACAGGCGGAGGGUAUGGGGUGGAGUUUGGAAAUGGGAUGGUGGCUGUGGGAAGGAGGGGCGGCGGCAAUGGCAGAGGGAAACGUAGGGCGGCGUUAGAAGACGUUGUGCUCGAUAAGGCCACUCAGCAGAAGCAGAGGAGAAUGAUUAAAAACAGAGAGUCUGCUGCCAGGUCCAGGGAACGGAAGCAGGCUUAUACUGUGGAGUUGGAGACAUUGGUGACACGACUAGAGGAGGAAAAUGCUACGCUUUUGAGAGAAGAGGCUGAGCAGAGCAGGAAGAGGUAUAAACAGCUCAUGGAGAACUUGAUUCCAGUGGUAGAGGGGAAGAGACCUCCAAGGAUUCUGAGGAGAGUGCGUUCCAUGAACUUUUAGGUAGUCUCGAAGUUAUGAUUGAUGAUAAAUACUGAAGAAACUAGUUCAUUGUUGACUGCUGGAGUUUUAGUAAUGUCGCUGGAAGACAUUCUGAUCCGGGAAAAAGAUCUGGUUGGAUAUUGAUUUGAUAGUGAACUUUCUACCGAGAUAAAAGCUGAAUGUAGCUGUUGAAGCCUUUAAGUGAUCUAAGUUGAUUUUUUGAUGGAUAUGUUUGGUGGGUAUCAGCUGCACUAUGUGCAGUUUUUCUGCAUAGUUUGGUGUUGUAGAUAAAGAAAUCUUUUACAGACUAGCUUUACCGAUUGCCGCGUCCGGAUGACUGUAGAAAUAGGCUAUAAUUUAUACCAAUGACAUAUUUUCCUGAUCCAACAAAACAAUAUUGCAUUAGAAACUAAAUCAGAAGACACAUUUUAUGUUAUGGCUGCACUCAUUUAUCACUGCAUCAACAACCAUGUAUUUGUUGAUCUUGAAAGUUAUGUUUCGUUGCAGAUUU